CAGUUGGGGCUAUUCUAACUGCGGUCCAUGGGCAGAGAGCAGUCAUGAGCUAUGUGCUACAGGUUCAUGAUAAAUACGGCAAUUGAGAGUCAGUGUCCAGAAUCUUUGAUAGUAAUUUGACAGAGUAAUUUUAUGUCUGUUAAAUCUAAUAAUGAAUAAAUUAACUUGCAUUUUGAUUUUUUUAAUUUUACUUUUCUAAUAAUUCCCUUUUAUUUUGUUUUAAUAAAAGCAGAAGUGCAUGAGUAGUGGCCUUGUUCUCUGCCUUCUUCCUCCUCAUCACAGAGGCCGCUCUGUUCUUGUCAGCCUCCAAUCUGCAGUCCACCUGAGACUGAGGACCAUGCCUUCAAUUAAAUUGCAGUGUUCCAAUGGAGAGAUAUUUGGAGUUGACGUUGAAAUUGCCAGACAGUCUGUGACUAUCAAGACCAUGUUGGAAGAUUUGGGAAUGGACGAUGAAGGAGAUAAUGACCCAGUUCCUCUACCAAAUGUUAAGGCAGCAAUAUUAAAAAAGGUCAUUCAGUGGUGCACCCACCGCAAGCAUGAUCCCUCUCCUCCCACAGAUGAUGAGAACAAAGAAAAGUGGACAGAUGAUAUCCCUGUUCGGGACCAAGAAUUCCUGAAAGUUGACCAAGGAAUACUUUUUGAACUUAUUCUGGCUGCGAACUACUUAGACAUCAAAGGUUUGCUUGAUGUUACAUGCAAGACUGUUGUCAAUAUGAUCAAGGGGAAAUCUGAGGAGAUCUGCAAGAGCUUCAAUAUCAAAAUUGAUUUUACUGAAGAAGAGGAAGUCCAGGUGUGUAAAGAGAACCAGUGGUGUGAAGAGACGUGAAAUGUCAUGCCUGACACUAACACUGUAAGGAUUGUUCCAAAUACUAGUUGCACUGCUCUGUUUAUGAUGGUUAAUAUUAGACACACAGUAGACAAAUGGCAGCAGCGAAUCAGUUGGUUAAGCAGAAUAUUGUCCUCCUUGCAUGUAUAGUUUGAGUACAGAUUCCAGACUUAUGGGUGAGUUUCUUCUAGUAUGAUCAAGUUUUGUUUUUUUCUUUGCUCUAAAUAAAUCUGAACUGUGGGUUCUCCAUAGAAGGUGGCAUUUUGGGCUUUCACUCUCUUUGUAAAGUGAUUUCUGCCGGGUUUAUUGUCUAGUUAACUUUAGUUUAAUGAUCUUUUAAAAGUUGGCAUUGUAAAUAAAACAAGUUGGG